UGCUCGGCGGGCGAGGAAGCCGGCAGUUCCUCCGCCCGGCCCGCGUUGUCCUCCCUCCCUGGGCGCCCUCCUCUGCCUCGGGCUCCAGCCAAGGGGCGCCUGGGGCUGCCAUGACCCCGGGAAAGGGCAGCAGAGAAACACAGCCCCGCCCGGAGCGCUUCCCCGCCGCCGGGACUGGACAUGCGGAGCCGAUGUUACGUGUUUGGGGAAACCUGACUAAAUCUCUCAGAUGAACCUCAGUCUCAGACGAUGCCAUUAGGAUACUCCCCUCUGUCUUCUCAGAACAUGGAGGAAAAGGAUAAUGAGAAAUACAACCAAGCUGGCCAAAUAUUUGAAAACUUCGUCCAAGCCUCAACAUGCAAAGGCACAAUUCAAGCCUUUAAUAUCCUCACCCGUUACCUUGAAUUAGAUCCGCUGGACAACAGGAACUUUUAUCCAAAGCUGAAAUCAAAGGUGACCAGUUGGAAAGCCAAAGCUUUGUGGAAUAAGCUAGAUAAAAGAGCAAGCCAUAAGGAAUAUAAACGUGGGAAAGCCUGUGUGAAUACUAAGUGUUUGAUAGUUGGGGGUGGCCCCUGUGGUUUGAGGACUGCCAUAGAACUUGCCUUUCUUGGAGCCAAAGUUGUUGUGGUGGAAAAGCGAGACACUUUUUCAAGAAACAAUGUUCUUCACCUCUGGCCUUUUACUAUUCAUGACCUUCGCAGCCUGGGAGCAAAAAAAUUUUAUGGGAAGUUCUGUGCAGGAUCCAUUGAUCAUAUUAGCAUUAGGCAGCUCCAGCUUAUCCUCUUCAAGAUUGCACUGAUGUUGGGAGUUGAAAUCCAUGUGAAUUUAGAAUUCAUAAAAGUUAUAGAACCUCCCGAAGAUCAAGAGAAUCAAAAAAUAGGUUGGCGCGCUGAAUUUCUCCCAAUGGAUCAUCCUUUAUCAGAAUAUGAAUUUGAUGUUGUUAUUGGUGCUGAUGGCCGCAGAAACACUUUGGAAGGCUUUAGAAGGAAGGAAUUUCGUGGAAAGCUGGCCAUUGCUAUCACUGCCAACUUUAUAAACAGAAACACUACUGCAGAAGCAAAGGUGGAGGAGAUCAGUGGAGUUGCUUUCAUUUUCAACCAAAAAUUCUUCCAAGAUCUGAAAGAAGAAACAGGAAUUGACCUGGAGAAUAUUGUUUACUAUAAAGAUAGCACCCACUAUUUUGUGAUGACUGCAAAAAAGCAAAGUCUUCUGGAAAAGGGAGUCAUUAUUAAAGAUUAUAUUGACACGGAAAUGCUACUCUGUGCAGAAAAUGUAGACCAAGACAAUCUAUUGUCCUAUGCAAGGGAAGCUGCUGACUUUGCAACUGAUUACCAAUUGCCUGCCUUGGAUUUUGCGAUUAAUCAUUAUGGACAGCCAGAUGUGGCUAUGUUUGAUUUCACUUCCAUGUAUGCCUCUGAAAAUGCAGCGUUGGUACGAGAGAGGCACAGACAUCAACUGCUGGUUGCGCUUGUUGGGGACAGUCUUGUAGAGCCAUUCUGGCCGAUGGGCACGGGUUGUGCAAGAGGGUUUCUGGCUGCAUUUGACACAGCAUGGAUGGUGAAAAGUUGGGCCCAAGGAAAGCACCCAUUUGAUAUCCUUGCAGAAAGAGAAAGCAUUUACAGACUCCUACCCCAAACUACACCUGAAAAUAUCACAAAGAACUUUGACCUAUAUACCAUUGACCCCGCAACACGAUAUCCAAACUUGAACUCAAGCUGUGUUCGUCCACAUCAGGUGAAACAUUUAUAUAUUACGAAUGAGCUGCAGUCUUGCCCUCUAGAAAGAUCAACCUCAAUUAGAAGAUCAAUUGGUCUUUCAAGACAAGAAUCAGAUGUAAGGCCAAACAAGCUUUUGACCUGGUGUCAGAAACAGACAGAAGGCUACAGAAACGUUAAUAUUACGGAUCUCACUAGUUCAUGGAGCAGUGGACUUGCCUUAUGUGCAAUUAUACAUCACUUCAGACCUGACCUCAUUGAUUUUGAUUCUCUGAACGAAGAAGAUGCUGUCAGAAACAACCAGCUGGCAUUUGACAUUGCUGAACGAGAGUUUGGAAUUCCUCCCGUCACUACUGGGAAAGAGAUGGUGUCUGCCGGGGAGCCCGAUAAACUCAGUAUGGUCAUGUACCUCUCCAAAUUCUAUGAGCUAUUUAGAGGAACACCUCUCAGAGCAGUGGGUACUGUGGGCAAGCAAAACGGAGAAAGAAAUGAUCUUUGUUCAACAAAAUCAACCAACUUUAUCUUCAAUAAUUACAUCAACCUAACCUUUCCAAGGAAAAGAGUUCCUAAAGCAGAAGAAAAUGAAACCAAUAAAAGACGGCGUAAAAGUUUCAUUAAUUUUGAAGAGUCUUCAAGUUCUUUGAAUCAUGGAACAAAUUCUAAUAACCAAAUAGCGGAUGUGAAAGAAGCAAUGAAUGGAAACAAAGUAAAGUCUAUGGCAACUCAGCUUUUAGCCAAAUUUGAAGAAAAUGCUCCCAAUAUUUCAAUACGGAGGCAGGAACUAGUAGAUCAACCUGCUUUGCACCUUUCUCCUGAAUCUCCUGUAAAUCCUCGCUUUGCUAAACCCAAGGAGCCUGUAAAUCCUCGCUUUGCUAAACCCAAGGAACCAACCUGCAACCCACCACCUCCUUCAAAAAGCCAGUUUCAGGCCAUAGCUAGGGCUGACCAUGUGGUCAGGAAGCCUAAGCAGUCUUUGCCUGAAGCUCCUCCAGUGGUCAGGCCCUUGAGCUGUGUAGAACAAACUGAGCUGAACUCCAGUCUUUCUGAAACCCUUGCAUCUUCCUGUCCUGCUGCAUUUGCACUAUCUGGUGUGCUUCAGCGCCUUCAACAUGUGGAGGAAAAAAUUAACCAGAAGAGAGCUCAGUCCCUUGCAAAUAGAGAAUUUCAUAAAAAGAGCAUUAAAGAGAAAGCAGCUCAUCUUGCAUCAAUGUUUGGCUGUGUCGACAUCCCAAAGAAUAAACUUCCUACUAAAGGUCUGUCCUAUUCUCAGCACCUAUCUCCCUCUUGCCUUCCAUCUCAUGAUUCAGCUGCUUCUUCUUCAUCUAUUGACUACUCCGCUUCCCCUGCCAUUCAUUCUAAAAAGAUGACAGUAGGGAAGGUGUCACGUGGAAUAGGUGCAGUAGCACAAGUUCUUAUCAGUCUGUACAUGAAUGAUCACAGGCCCAGUCCAUUGUCUACAUCCUUGGAACUGGGUUCCCUGAGAAAAGAAUUUCCUCAGUCGAUAGGUGGGAGCGAUGUUUGCUAUUUCUGCAAGAAAAGGGUGUACGUCAUGGAGCGCUUGAGUGCAGAAGGCCACUUCUUCCACCGAGAAUGCUUCAAAUGUGCCAUAUGUGCUACAACUCUCCGCCUAGCAAUGUAUGCCUUUGAUGCAGAGGAAGGUAAAUUUUAUUGCAAGCUCCAUUUUUCACAGUGUAAAACAAAGAAUACACAUAGAAAAAGGAGAGCCAUGCUAAAGAGUCAUGAAAAGGAGGAAGCCGAAUUGUGGAAGGAAGAAGAACCUAUGUCACCUGAAACCACCUCAGAAUGUGCUUUUGCUGCCAGUAGCAGCUCAGAAGACCGGUCCCCAGGUAUCCUGCCUUCAUUCUUUAAGAAAACUCUAAGCUGGCCUCUUAAGGUGACAAGGGAUCUGCUUCACCUUCCAAGACAGCUCUCUAACUGGAUGCAUGGUGUCCUGCACGCUACCAGACUUCAUUUCAGGGACAAUGCAUACAACUAUACGUACUUGUAUGAACUCUUAAGCUUCAGUAUGCCAUUCCUUUUUGCGCUUCAGGAGUUACUUGCCCACAUUUACCGGGAAGUGGAGCUGUCAUGUGAGAAUGUGCUUGACUUGGUGAAGAAGUUCUUCAGGGUAUAAGUUCUUCUUAAUUUUGGUUGUGCCUUUCAGAUUUCCAAAACAAACAGCCUUUUGGUUACAUGUAUACGCACAAAGAUAGACAUUUCAAUUCAGUAAGUGCUUUAAAAUGAGCGAAAGUUCAAUUUGAUAACCAUGGUGCAAUCCUAACAUCAUUUCAAUUUUUUAUUGGCUCAUGAAGGUCAGUGUCCAGAUGCAUUUUCAGACCAUGGAGAUUAUAUGAAGGAUGUUUUUUGUUAUAGUUUAUUGUUUUUUUAAAAAAAGAAUCUAUUUCCAGUUAUGACCACAUAUUUCUUUAGAUUUACAUUUUAUUGUUUUUAUUUUAAAGACUGUGAAAGAAAGUCCUUUCAGACAUUUCUCAAGCAACAUAAAAUGUUGACUAUGUGGAGGUUUUUUUUGAAAACUGAAUAUGGCACAUACUUUUCCCCUCCUUCCCUUCCCUUUUGCUUUAUCUUUGCUUUGGGGCUAAAAUAUUGUUUACUUGGAUAGAUUUUGUUUGUUUUUAAAAAAUGUAUACUACUAGCCCAUUUCUUCUUAUUGACUUCUCUUUGAUACAUCCUUUUGUAAACACUGGGCAUUUUGUGUAAUAUUUAUGAAUAAAUUCAAAGAGCAAAUUUUAGACUCAUUAGUUAAUUAAAAUGGAAGCACAGCAUUAGCUUAUAUUUAUUUCCCUUAAUUUGUGGGGUCAUUUUAUCCAUGAAGUAUGAUAUAUAGCUGAUACUGAAGAGGAAUACAUGUUGUUUUUAAAAAAUCAAAAGCUUGUGUUUACAAUUUCCCUCAAAUAAUUCCUUUGGUAAUUUUAAGUUAUUGGAAUAAUUAAUUGAACUAUUAUGUUGGAAUAAUUCAUAUAUACAAUUAAUUCAAAGAGGGAGAUAUUGAGAGAUUCUGGAAUCCACUUGAUAAUUCACUUACACUAAAGAGGCUAAAAGACAUUUUAAAAACUAUUAUCUGAGAGAUAAUAAGCACUCACUUGCAAUUGUCCUCAUAGACUGAAACAUUAGAUGAAUAGAUUUCAACAUUUUGUUGAAUAAAACAGAAACCUAAAGCACAGGAUUUUCAAAUUAUUUGGGCACUAUGCAAGAGUGCUGAAGGUGUACAAGGUAAUAUUUCCAAGCAUGAACCUAUCUGGUACUGAUAAUAGCAAUACAAUUAAUUCAAAUUGAUUUUCUAUGGGCUGCUGUUCAUAGAGAUAAUGAUACUUAAGCUCUUUUUGAGCCAGUAUUGUACCAUAUGCUUUAGCUUUACCUGUGACAUCAGAAACAUUUUGAUGCACUGUUGAGAGCAGCUAUUUCUAAAAGGGUGCCACAGCAUGUUUACGGUAUAUAACUUAACACACACUUAAAGGGGUUCUGUGGAUCACCAACGUUCAGUUUCUGAAAUAGAAACCAUUGUGCCUUGGUCUGAUAAAAAAUAAUAAUAUCCUUGGUAUCUGCUUUAUCUGUGUGGUCUUUUCUGUGGGGUUUCACUUGCCUGAAUUGUAUUUUAUUGGACAAAUGUUUAUUUGCCACAAAAGAGGAUCCAUAUAGCUUCCAAAACGUUUAGAUUUUAGACUUGCAUACAAGCAGAUAUUACUACUAACAUUUUGACCAUAUUACAGGGAUUUUUAACAGGUAUUUUUUUAAAAAGGUUUAACUGGUAGAUUGGAUGGGUCUAUUCUUAAAUCUCAGGCCCAAGCACACUUGUUUGGAAAAAGCCACAUUUUUUCAGCAGGACUUUAAAGAUUUCUUCCUAAGCCCAAUUCCUUGGAAAUUCACUCUAUCUAAAUUGAUCAAGAUGCAAAGGCACUGACUCCUGUUGAUAUAGAAAUUAAGUCCUUUACCCCCAACAAAUCCAAAACGAGGUAUUGUUUGUACUUAAAAAUAAGACCUGAUCUACUAAGAGGUGAAAUGUUUUAUUUAAGUUAAUUUGUCCCUUUCAGAUAAAAGGAAAGUUUCUACUUCAGCCUAUGACACAGAAUAACCUUGCAAAAACUGUUGUAGAAGUGCACAUGUUAACCCAAUGCAUCUGGCCCACCACUUUUGUGUCCCUACUGCCAUUGUUCCACACAGUUUAUAGUUAAUCACAGAACACGCUCAGGGAAAGAGACCUCCAAGUGGGAACUAUGCCAUUCUGUAGCUUUCUGAUGCAGAGGAACAGGAAGUAGAAGUGCUUCAAAAUUCUUGUUUUCACUGCAUUACUAAUGUUUUUCAUGCAACCAAGUAAAUUAUAGUAUUUAUACACUGCUUUCAACUUAUCAUUGGAUUUCUAUUUGAUUUAUCUAAAAAUCAAGGUGCAUGGGCAUUUUCAUCUACUGAUGUCAAAAACAUUGAGUUGAUAACAACACAUGCAAAGCUUUUAAAGGGAGGUAGUCCAUCUUGUGGGUCACUGGGAUAGAUCAUGUUGGUGAAAGUAUAAUUAACCUUUAAGAACUCUUACUAUUAUCACGUCUUUCCAACUAUAGUCAUCUCUCCACAUUUGAAGUCUUUAUUUUUGUGAAUUUGCUUAUUCAUGGAUCUGAUAAAAAUAUUAUCUCUAUGAACCUCUAAUUGCUCCAGUGUAACUCUAUCAGCUACUUCCUUCAGUCAUUCUGAUGAACCUAGAGAUUUCUAGAGAGAGCAGAUUUCUAGGAAUCUGAGGUCCUGUAAUAUGAUUCCAUGGCCCACUUUCAGUGGAAGUCGACCAUAGAGUCAUGCUAGAGGAUCUUGAAAUUCCCAGUGAAUGUGGAGGGCUGACUGUAAAGAUAACUAAUAGGCAAUUCAUCCACAUUUGUGAGAGUGACCAUGUUGUAGUGGUUUGAAUGUCGAACUAGGAUUUAAGAGAAUAGGAAUUGAAUCCCCACUUGGCUAUAGAAACCACUGGGUGACCUUAGGUUAGUCACCGUUUCUCAGCCUCAAAUGAAGGCGGAGUCAACCCCUUCUGACCAAAUCUUGCCAAGACAAUCCUAUGAAGGUUUCACCUUAGGGGCACCAUAGGUCAAAAACUACUUGAAGACACACAACAACAACACAACAACAACAACAACAACAACAACAGGAUAACUUGAAGCAUGGUUGUGGCUAACUAUAUAGACACACUGUGAUUUUCAUGUAAAGUUCAGAAAUAUAUUCAAGUUAACCAUAAAACAAACACACAUUAAAAUGAAAGCAUUUUUAAAGAAAUGUGCUGCUAGGCUCCUGAACUGUAAGUUGUAUGACUAUUUUAAAACAAUACAUGUAUUUCAAAGGUGUCUCACAAAAUGAUACACAAUUCAACUGUAUUUAUCCAGUUCUGGGAAAGAAGGGCAAAGUUUUCAGAAAUCACAGUUUUGUUCGUAUUUUAGGGUCAUCCUGCAUUUGCAUGUAACUGCUUGUGAAAACCAAAGUUUUCUUUGCAUGGUGUUUGACAUUAUAUGUACAACUAGAUGUCCAUCCAAGACCUAUGUCAUGUUCAAUACUUUGAGUGCCUCUUUGUUAUUUGCACAUUAAAUCUGGGUUUGAUAAAAGCAAAGCUUUCAGUUGUCGAAACAAAAGAGGAGGAUUCAAUAUGUGAGCAAUACAUGUCCAAAAUCAUUAUCUGAUCAAUUGAAGAUUGUUUACUUUGACAAGCAUGUGUAUAGUUGAUUGUUUAAAUUUACAUUCCUUUUCAAUAGUAGAUUGUCUUUUGUAACUGUGAUAUUUUAUUCUUGAAAGUUAGCCGAUAAUUCUGAUAUCUUGGUUUAUCAGAAUGAAGAGAGGAAAUUCCAUUGCAUCAUAUCUUUCUUUACCUUGCUGUGUUGAAUUUUGACAAGUAAUCUUUCUUUCUAUUUAAUCAAAGGCUUCUUGUUAGCUUGUUUUGACUGUCUUUUCUUUUCCGCUCUUUUGCAUUGUCUUUAGUUCAUUUCAACAUUCCAGUGCUACACCCACUCAUUGGCUGAUCCGUUCUCGCUGUAAGAUGCUUGUUCUGGUUGCUAUCAUUUCCUGAGUGUUGUGACUAAUCCUCAGUACUUCCUGCUGGUGUUGAAAAGACCACUUGGAGUUCUGUGCAGUAACUUAAAGAUAAGAUUCUGCAUGAUCAUUUUGUUGUUCACCAUUCACAUGGCUUCUUUCCAAACCCCUUUCCCUGGGAUUUCUCUUAUCCUUCUACAUGCCUUUCAGACUUUAAAAGAAAAAUGGAAUUAUGAAUAGAUGUUAGCUAAAAUUUUCCUUGGUGGUUUAAAAGGUUAGGCGUACAAUCCUUCAAGUAAGGGUUACUGUUUGUUCAUUGGAAUCUCACUGAAAUGAAGUUGUGGCUGAGAUGAACGUUAGAAGACAAAUUAAUUUGUUUCCUUGUGGUACAGAUCUUUCAAUGGCAAGUCAUUUAGAACUGCUGAGAGAUGUAUGGUAUAUAUUAAGCCACCUUAGAUCUGGUACAAGGGUAAAGUCAGAAUAUAAACUAAAUAUACAAAUAAAUAUUAGCCUGGAAAAUAAGAUCUGAGUCCUCACCAUUUCAGAACUCCAGUCAUGGGACAUUUUUAGAUAAAGAUUGCUAUUCUAUAUUUUGUAGUAAGGACUGUUCUAGUGUAUUGGCCUCAGAUUAGCUGUAUCUUGAUGUAACAUCAACAUACAGCAAAUUUUGCAUGCCGAUUCUGGGUUGUUGUUUUUUGUUUUGUUUUUUUGAAUGGUAUGCAUUUUAUUGAGGACUGAUAGUUCAAUUGGCAUUGAUGGAUUGGAUGAUCUGGUUAAACUUUUGGAUUAUCCAGAAGUCGACUUUGGAUGUAGCAAGAACAUAUCAACCCAGCCUCAACUAAGCUAGAGACUUAACUUGGCCUGUUAGCUUGUACUCAUUCCUACAGUUCCUGGAAGUUUAAAGGACCCUGCAGGUGAUAUUUAUAGGGAUAGAACUUACCUCUUCCAUAAUAUCACUGGUUAGCUUGAAGUAGGUAUCAUGCUGCCAAAUGAUGUGCAAAUGUAAAAAUACGUGACUUCACAGACAGUUCUGAACCUACUAUUAUAAAAUGGUAAUUGAAUCCCCAGAAAUGUGACAUAAAGACUCAGAUAAUCAAAACACAUCUUCUAGGGAAGCAUAAUUCACUUCCAGAGCAUCUGCAGUUGACACAUUUUCAGAUAUUUAGACCCCUUUGAAAAGACUUUUAAAUAGAAAAACUUCAGAGAGUCCUGUUACCUACCCAGUUUUGGUCUAGUAUCCACUCCACAUAUACAAGCAUUUGUGUCUUCCUCUUAUAAAUAAAGAGAUAUCUUGGAGAUAGGACCCAAGCCUAAAUACAAAAUUUACUUAUGUUUCAUAUACACCUUAUACACAUAAGCCUGAAGAAAAUUUCGUAAACAAUAUUUUCAAUAAUGUUAUGCAUGAAACAAAGUAUGUUGAACCAUCAGGAAGCAAAGAUGAUGUUAUCUCAGCCACUCAUGUCUACAGCUCUGGAAUUUGGAGUAAUUUGGAAUUCUGGGUAUUCCAACUAUAUCACAUAUUUAAUAAUAAUCUUUUUUGUGUCACGGUAAUACCAUUGCUAUUGGAGGAUCAGAGCUAACUUGAGAGUCAGAUUAAGAAGGAAGCUAUUUUUGUUCAGAAAAAUUGAUUUACCUUUUUGCAUGUAUAUUAUACUUGCAGUGCCUGCAUACUGAUUAUAAAAUUUAAGUAAAUGAGAUGCAGUAAUUCUGCAUCCUCAUCUCCCCUGCCACUCGAAAAGUAGGAGCAGGAAAGAGAAGAGGUGUUUCCUAACAGUGGUUCUUGUUUGCUGUGAUUAACUUCAACUCUCUGCAUGUUUCUACAAUCUGAAGCUUAUGAAGGAAAAAUCUUUGUGUCUCUGUCCACUGCUAGACUUUAUUCAUUUCUGUUGCAGAUCCUUCAUCUCUUAAGCAAUGCCAAGGAGAAUUCUGUCCUUCUUCUCCUAAACCUUUUCAAAAACAAAAACAAAAACGAAAAAUGCCUCUGGAACUUAAUUGAACAUUUUUGCUAGGUGUUUUUUAAAUAUAUUUAUAUAUUUAAAAAUCAAUCUGUAUUUAAAACCAUCAUAUGGAAACUUGUAUUUUGCACACAGAGAAUGUUAAAACCUUUUAGUUUGGCUGUAAACAAAUAAAUGUAGUUCUGUAUAAA